UUGAAAAUAAACAGAAGUUGACUUUCGAUAGUUUAGUCACUUGAGAGCGUCCGCAAUGGUAAGUUCGGGCGCGUUCUUUUCACUACGUGCAUAACACGUGCGCCGCCUUCUCCAAACACAGAAAUGUCAUACCGGACGUCGAAGAAUACGGGCGCUCGAAUGAGGCAUCGCGACGCGACAUAUUGCGUGACGGACGAAUUAUCCGAAUGCGAACAAUGUGAUACGAUGAUGUGUCUUAGCGCAUACAAACCAAUUUUUCACAUUUUAUUUAUAUAUCUACUUGUUUUGGGGAACACAAAUGUCGUUGCACAAGAUUUGACAUGUUGUUCGCACACAACAGGCACGUGCAAAAGCGUAUGUGGAAAUAUAUCCUUAGUACAACUAGCAGCAAAUUUAGACGUAAGAAAUCAGUCAAUAACCGAAGUACAAAAAUAUUGUUCACAACAAAUGGUAGCCUUUUGGGAGUGCCUAAACGCAACUAUCAAAGAUAUGUCAAGAGGAGAUUCGUGGGCGGGACGAAUAUGCUGUUCAAUACCGCACAGCGAAAGUUGCCGAAGAGCGUGCGCAACUGGAACGCCACAAGAAGACUUAUCUCGAAGUUGUAGAAAAAGCGACGAAAUAGCAUUUUUCAGUUGCAUUCACAAACAACAAAAAGGUGAAGAUUGUUGUGGAAAUGCUAGAACAAUUGAGUGUAGAGAAGUUUGUAGAGAUAUAUUUCGAAGUCAAAUGACAGCAACAAAACACCAAAGACAAAAAUUAAAGGAUGAAUGUGAACAAAGAAGUCCCAAAGUUAUAGAAUGUGUAAAAGAUCUUAUUAAAGUGACGCCGGUAGAAAACUCUCUGAAACACUUACACUGCUGUGAUAAAUCCAAUAAUAUAAAAUGUAGAGAGGCCUGCAAGGAUGUGUUGUCGAAGACUAGUACUCUUCAAGAAAUUUAUGAUGGAUUAACAAUGGGAGGAUGUGGAGUCCCUUUACCACAGGAAUAUUUUUGGCAAUGUUUUCUUCAUCGAUUUACUGAUGAUUCUAACAAUUCUAUGGAAAAAUCGAGAAUUGAAAGAGUUGGUAUGGAUAGCGCUAAGUGGCAUUGUUGUCAACGAGCUAACUCAUCAGAAUGCAGUAGGUUAUGUUCGAAAACGUUCACGAAAUCUUGGGACACAAAUUCAAAAGAUUUUCAUAUCAAAUGUUUAAGCAAUAUUAAUGAAGAACCUUUAAGAAAUUGUAUUGAUGAAGUUGACGAACCGUGCGAACUUGGAUGCGACGGCCUCUCCUUUUGCACGAACUUUAAUAAUAGACCAACCGAAUUAUUUCGGUCUUGUACAUCGCAAGCAGACGAAGCAGCCAGGAGCGAGGUAACGAUGUGGCAAAAUCAAAGUAAUAUUACGUUAAGAAGUAUCACAUUACCUCUUAAGUCGAUGGAAAAAUAUGCAAACAUUUGGAAGGCUGUGGCUUGUGCUCUUCAAAUCAAGCCAUGCUCGAGGCAUUCCCACGCCAACCAAAUAUGCAGAGAUGUGUGCUUAGAAAUCCUUUCCCAAUGUGUUGAUUGGUCAAGAAUAUCACCAGUAUAUUCAGCAGAAUCUAUCUGUGAUUCCUUAUCACCAGAUGAUCCUAAUAUGUCGUGCAUAAAGUUACAUGAGUAUCUUUAUCCAUCUGCAAUAACUUAUCAAAAAAUAUCAGGACAAAUAUCAAGUCCUUGCAAAGGUAACCCGUGUGAACAUAAUGAGAUAUGUCUCAUUAAUAAAAACUGUAUUCAUGGAAUUAAUUGUAAACCUUAUAUUUGUCAACCUGGUUGUAAAUUAGGUGAAGUUUCUCAAUACAUGGUUCCAGAUGGCUCGUAUGUUCGAAUACCAAUUCCACAUAACCCAAAAGGAUGCUUAAAGAUUUGCAAAUGCAACAAGAAUAGAAUUGGGGAAUGUCAGCCUCUUCCAUGCAUACCUUUAACCUCAUGUUUAUUAGGAAGUACCCACCAACUUCAUGGUUCAACCUUUAAUAUAGAUUGCAACACCUGCAGCUGUUAUGCCGGAGAACUUAUUUGUAGUAAAAAGCAGUGCGAAAGUAGUGCUGUUGGUGGACGAAACACUGCAUACACUACACUGCCUUGCAACUGUCCUCCCCAUUAUGUUCCAGUUUGUGGAAGAAAUGGUAUUACUUAUUCUUCAGCUUGUUUGGCUAAAUGUGCAGGAUUAAAUGAUGCCGAUAUAGAACUUCUACCUUGUCAAAAUCCAUGCAAGCAAAAUGUUUGUCCUAUAGGACAAAAAUGCGUUCCCAAAUACCAGACGUGUUUAUCUUUAAUGCACAAGCCGUGCAAGCAGUACGAAUGCAUAAAUGGAUCAGCAAUUUGUUCGAAUUUGGAAAAUGAGCCAGUAUGCGAUGUUGAAAAUCAACAAUAUAAUAAUUCUUGUUCUUUAUCUCACCAUAAUGCAAAACUCGCAUAUCGGGGCCCCUGUUUAAAUAAAUGUCAACGGACCGGACAAGUUUGCGGAAUAAAUGGAAAAACGUACUCUUCAGAAUGUGCCGCAUUUGCUGAUAUGGUCUCUGUAGAUUAUGAAGGGCGUUGUUCUGCUAUUGGAUUGAUAACAAGUUUCAAAGCGAAACAAUGUUCAAAUGUAAAUUGUCCCAAACUGCCGAAUCAGAAUUGUUUAGGAAUUACGCCACCCGGAGCAUGUUGUCCACUUUGUGGUGGAGCUUUAAGACUGCUUUAUAGCAGAAAACAAAUAGAUCGAGCCCUGUACGCUUUGCAGAAUAAAAGCACUGAAGCUGUUAAUUUAAGAUCACUUCUGAAAGGUCUUGAACGACAGAUCCAGUUGGCCCAAUGUACAGUAAGAGGGUAUGUCACUGUAGAAGCUGAUAUUUUUCUUACUGUACAGUCCAUGGAAAGGUACCCAUCUGCAUUACAACUGGAGGCUUGUAUACGGGAGGCUGAAAAGAUAGCAAGUCUGGUCAAUUUGCAGAGUCCUCGAAUAGCAAGCGAACUUAGCCUAAGUUCGUUAACUUUAGCAACAUUAGUUCAUACAGAUAUAAGUACUAGUAAAUCUCAGCCAAACAUACCAAAUAUAUAUUUAGUAAUUAUGAUGACUGCGGUUCUCAAAAUAAGUAUUUACGUAUUUUAACUAUAAACCUACAAAGCCGAUUAAUAUUUUGCAGAAUUAUUACUUAAAUAAAUAGUCUUUAAAAUAAGGCAUAUCGUCAGUGAAACGCGUGUUAACCUAACUCCAUUUUACAUUACUUAAAUAAUACGUUUAAUACAUAAUUUUACCUUAAAUUUUUAACGAAAUAUUGAGAUGUAUUGUUCCCCAACAAAUACAUUUUGCUACGCAUGAAUAUACUUGCUACAUGUGUGCAUAUUUUUGCACCGUUUUUUUGCUCUCCUAUAAAACUAGGAAUAACGGAGUUUAACUGUUUAACACAUUUCACCGACGAUAACAUGACGUACUGAAAUUUUUGUCCUUGAUAUAAAGUUAAAGUGGUUACCCCAAGUGUUUAAAAAAAAAUAUUUUGUAGCGCAGAUCAAAAAGACUAUAGAUAAUCUUAACCUCUGUCUUUACUUUAUUGAUGGUAACUUCAUAAGAAUGGAUUCAACAGGAUAUACAAUAGACAAUGUAUAGAUAUUUACAACUAUAGAGGGUGUUUCAAAAAACAUGUGCCUUCUUUCCGUGGGAGAUUCCUCAUGUAAAAAUAACAUUUAUUUUUUAUAUCAACAUAGAUCUGAUUCCAGAUUCAGCUUUGUUUCGUAGCUAAAGGGCGUUAAAGUCUUAUUUUUUGUUCGAUUUUUUUCCUUCCAAGUGCUUUUGGGUGUCCUUCAGCUUUGUUUCGUAGCUAAAGGGCGUUAAAGUCUUAUUUUUUGUUCGAUUUUUUUCCUUCCAAGUGCUUUUGGGUGUCCAAGUGAUUCGAAUGAAAUUUUAGGGAUAAGAUUUGGCUACAUAUUUUAAUGCUAAAAAGGUGUCGACAAAAUCGCCAGGGAUGUGCAUUUGGGUUAUCACUGGAAUAUUUUUAUCUAAAAAAACAUGUGCGCUACUGAUUUUUUUUCUCUUAGCAAAAUCGUGCAGGCCGUUUAAUGCCGAUUAAAAGUGAUAUCUUGAUAUUUUAUCGAUUUCGAUCUCCCCAGAUAUCGUUGCGUAGGGUGUCCUUGUAACCCCCUUUAGCUACCAAACAAAGCAGAAUUGUUCUAUGUUCAUAUAGAAACUAAAUGUCAUUUUUACGUGAGAAAUCUCCAACACCUCAUUUUUCUAAACACCCCGUAUAGUUUUAAGGCCAUUUUUUUGAUUAUGUACAGGGUGAGUCUUAAAUAAGUGCAAAUAUUUUCAGGGCUUUUUGAAUAAGAAGACUAAGGAAGGAGCAUAAUGCUAUCCAUGUAUUCAUGCAUG